AUGGAUUACAAGACUUUGCACGGUCAGUUUCCUCCAUGGCCAUCUGACCCCUUGGAUUCUAUGUAUGUGAUUCUGAUGCAGUUACCAAUUGGAGUCUGGAUUCCAAUGCGACAUCUGUUUGCCGUGUGCUCUGUCUUCGGACUUCCGCGGGUGCAGACAUUUGCGUACGUCGAGUCUUGGGUGUGCUUAUCUGUCGUGGAAUUUUCCUCGGAUCAAUUGUUUGUUCGCAUUCCGGUCAACAGUUCGUGCUUGCAGAAAGACCAAUGUUCUGAGAGAUUUCAAUUCUUGAAACCAGCACCGCGUGCAGUCAUUGACUUGGAUUUAGAGAAUGAUGCUUUGUCUGAUGUGGAAAUGUCUCCGGUGCACCAUGAUGAUUCACCUCAUCACAUUCGAGACAAAAGUGAAUCGCACAAAAGACAUCUUGGCAUGUCCUUGGAUGAGUUUCUCAGGCAAGAAGAUGAGGCGCUGGCAGAUAUUCUGGGCAUCCCUUCUUCUGUGACCUGUGGGGCUGAAAUUGCUACGUCCUCAAGUUCCUCUGCACGCUUGGUGUCGUUUCCAACAGAUGAAGAGAUUCAUUCCAUGUUGCGCGAGGAAGAGCAGAGGACAAUUGAGGUGGAAGCUCUGUCCACUGAUCCUGAAGAAGUCGUGUCUGAUUACAAGCCGACAAAGUUCGGACGGUGCACCACUUGCCAAUACAGCCGAAAACCGCAUCUGUUCCAAAGUGGUGCAAACGCUGGUCACAUUCGCUUGGUGUGCUCACAGUGGUGGAAGCUGAUUGACGGUAAGAGACAGUGUUGGACGUCGGCACCAUUGUCAGACGAUCUGUGGCCAAAAAUUCCAAAGUACUUGAAAAAUCAGCAUGCGAAGCUUCGAGCUUCAUUGUUGCGCAAUGGGGCUACGCUGGUUAAGAAACUUAAAGGCCAGUUGAAAAGCAAGUCAAGCAGACUUGAGCCAAAGCAUCCAGAUGCCCGUUUGCAUGUCAGAGCUGGAACAAAGUGGCAAAAGGAAGCCCGCAAGGCUUACUCCAAGAGUCCAAAGUCCGAGAAGCAACCGAGGCGCAUAGACUCCAGCUUUGAUUGGAGCGUUUCUUCGAGUGAUGAAGCCGCCCUGGAUUGGCUAUGUGAUCAUGGCUUUCUGCAGAAACCGAAAACAUGCCCUGAUUGUUCUGCCAAAACGCUUGGUGGUCCCUGGAAGCUAGAUCAGAGGCAAGAUAGACGGCCUUGGUGGUUUUGGCGCUGCAAAGCUUGGAAUUGCCAAAGAAGAAAAGCCUUGUUUUUCAACAGUCGUUUCGAAGGUUUGAAAGUGACUCCAGCAGAGUUGGCAUACAUGAUCAUGUCUUACAUCUCCGCCGUCUGGAACCAGUGCAUCUCCAUUGCACACUUUGUGCAGCUUACAGGACUUGGCUACAGUUCUUGCCGACACUUCUUGGACAUUAUGUCAGAACGUGAAGCGUUUGCAGGAAAAGCAUUGUCCAUGUCAGCCAAAGUCACCAAGUGCAUCGAAGCUGAUGGUACUAGUGUUGGCCGUUUCUGGGUGAAGCGCAGCAACAAAACGUACGCGGAUCAGAUCUACCAGUUGGAGAACCGAGAAGGUUUGCUUGCCCAAAAGCCGUCCACCGCAAGUGCCUUGGAGACUCAAUCAAAGAGAGUCUUAGGUAACGCAGCAGAUGAUUUGACAGAUGUGGCUCUUGCAGACCUGGCCAAAGCAAUUGCAGAAGCCAUCCACGCAGAGACUGCCGAGCAGGAAAUUGAAGAGGCCCAAGAGCUUCUCCAGAUGCUUCGCGCACAGUAUCUGAUGCAACUCCUGGAAACAGCCGUGGAAUCGGAGGACAUGACUGAGCUGCAUGCCAUGCUGCAAGCAGUCGAAGGCUGCCCCGAUCCGUUCAGCAGGGCGGUCAGAUAUCAGUUGAUGUUGCGGAAUGCUUUGUCCAGUUUGGGAGCCGUGCAGGUUCAGGGAUCAGCUGGUGACUUGCCCACAAGGAAGGCUGAGGAUGCACUCGGGUCCGAUCCGAAGCUUCCGAACUUGGCAUUGGAUAAUCGUGAGUCAGACUCCGCAGAUGGGAACAGUUCUUCUUCCCAUAUGGAUGAGAGUGACGAAAGCUCCAUAGCAGCUGCCAGAAGUCGCCUUGCUGAGAUACCGGUUGAGAUCCAGUUAGGCCAGCGCGCAUGUUCCAUGAAGGAGUUCAAAAAGGAAGGUGGCCUCCAAUCGCUCCAACCUCAGUUCAGUGGAAAGAAUGACACAGCCAUCCUAGGUGCUUUGAUGCAAACCUCCUACCUUGGUUUGCGCAUGCGUCGUUUUAAAUCCUUGCGAGACGUGGUGCGAAAGGUGACGUAUGACAUGCGUAUCAAGAGGAUCCUGGAGACUUGGACGGAGGUGACCAAUCCAAGGAAGAACUCAACAGAGAUGAAACCUGAGCCCUUGCAGUUUGACCCUCUCAUCACCAAGAAUCAGAUGGAUGUUUGGGAUGGCGUGGAUGUCCUGGAUCUUGACAAGAAGUGCAGCGAGCCCUUGUUUCAAGUCUUCAUGACCAUUUGGUACUCCCAAAAGAUGAGCCUUUUGGUGAAGGCAAAGACGGAAAAGGUCCAAGAGUACGUUCGGGCAGUGGAGGCUGGUUAUCACCGGCAGAAUCCGUACCACAACAACAGCCAUGCCGCUGAGGUCACCUUGAUGACCUACCAGAUUUGGACAUACCUUUCAGCUGGCUCUUUCAAGGGCUACUUUGAACAGGUCGACUUGUUAGUGGUUUUGCUGGCGGCCGCGAUUCAUGACAUCGGGCACCCAGCGACCAACAAUGACUUCCUGGUGAAGACAAAGGCUGAACUUGCAUUGCGAUACCAUGACACGGCUGUGCUGGAGAAUUUCCAUCUGGCCACUGCGUUUCAGCUGAUGCGCUCCAGGAGCAUUUCCAUGUUGGACCACAAUCUUCCAAGUCCGCCAGUGACCUCUUUGCGACGGCGAAUCGUAGAGAUCGUACUCGCGACGGACAUGGCAGUCCACAAGAAACAAGUGGAUGAUAUGGCCCGUUCAGUGGAGCGCCACACCAAUCGACAAGAGAUUGAUAAGCGGAUGCUCGAACAGUAUAUAGUUCAUACCGCUGAUGUUGGACAUCCCUUCCGCCCGGUGCCACAGCACCAAGAAUGGGCGAGAAGAGUCAACGAAGAAUUCCUUCAGCAAGGAGAUCGUGAAAAAGAACUAGGUUUCACUCCCAUUGAGAUGUUCGACCGAGAGAAGGCACCGCCGCUGCCAAAGAAUCAGCUGGGUUUUUUGCAGUUUGUAAUCCAGCCCUUGUGGAAGCCCAUGGAAGCACUACUCGCAACUUUGAUUGCUGGAAAGUUUCGGAUUCAGAUGUUGCACGUUCGCCCUGAAAACCGUACGAGUAAAACCCAAGUCUUCAGUAGUUCAACAUUCUGA